AUGCAACUAUCAUUCGAGGAAAGCGAAAGCGAAAAUGUAGUCUACUGUGUACAGUUCCUCGCCAAACAUUACCUUGAACAACGUGAUGUAGAAAAAGCCAUCUAUUAUGGACAAAAAUGUCUUGAGCAUGACUCUAUAUCGGAAGAAGGUCGGUUUGUUUUGCGUGCAGCUGAAGCGAUGAAAGACGAUAUGGACAAGCAGAAGAAUGACGAAGCUCCUAUCGAAGAUUCCUUUACCACCACCGGAUUCGACAUUACUCGUCCAUCGACCAGCAUGGGUGGUGACGAUUCAGAGAUGAUGAUUUCCGAAGGAGAAGGGGAUGAGUCUUUCUAG